UAUAUACAAGAAGAAAAAAUCGAAAUACUUAAAUUUUCUUAAAAAGUAAUAAUUUCUUAGUUACGUUUGCUUUUUUGUAAUUUACUAGAUUGCGCGAUGUGAUGAUCGCAUAUCAUAUAUACCAACUUUAUAAGUGGUAUAGAAGAACAUCAUUUUGGAGUCGACUCAAAAGAAAUGAGAAAUUGAUUGAAUUACAUAGUUUUAAUACAGAAUGUGCAGAAUUAUAAUUUUUAAGAAUUAAUCUCUUAAACAAUGGCGGGAUUGGAAAGUUAUGAAAGAGUAUAUCGAGGAAAACCUAUUAAAUCUUGGGAAACUGAAAGUAAUUUUCCUCAUACUUACCUUGCACAAGAGGUUAUUCGUCCUUUGGAAGUUCCUGCUGUGCACCCUUUAGUUGAAGAUAGUCCUCCUUCUGAAGGAGAUCUUGCUGUAAAAAAAUAUAUGGUUGCUGGUUGUGGAUUAGCAACUUUAAUUACUGAAACUUUGUUAGUUCAUCCACUUAUUGUUCUAAGGAGACAAUGUCAAGUAAAUCCUGGAUUGAACAAAUAUCAUAUAAUACCAAUUACUUUGGUACCUGUAGUUGUACGGCUCCAUCAAACUCAAGGAAUAAAUACAUUAUGGAAAGGAAUUGGAUCAGUAUUGCUUGUAAAAGGAAUGUUGUUAGCUAUUGAAGAUUUCAUUUCUAAAAUAACACCAUGGCCAAAGGAAAUAACAUGUAAUAGUUCACUGAAAGCAUUUGGUCAACACGUGCUUCUUAAAUGUGUUUCUAUAGGUCUAGUAACACCAUUUUAUUCUGCAUCAUUAGUGGAGACAGUACAAUCUGAAAUUGCAUCUGAAAGUCCUGGAAUAUUAGAUGUCUUUCGAGAUGGUGCAAUUCGUUUAGUUGAAGUGAGCAAUAAAGGCAGAUUAAUUCCCAUUUAUUCUCUUCUGCCACCUACAGUUGCUUAUGGAGUAUCCAAAUAUCUUUUUACUCUAGCUGUUCAAGGAGUUACCAGUCGUAUUAUGCAUAUUAGGCAAAAACAGUCUCAAGAGUUAAGGGGUGCAUAUAGCAGAGACUUGCUGUCAGAAACUGUUGCACAAGAUAUAGAAUUACAGUCAUCAUUAAUUUCUACAUUUAUGGCAGAAGCAUUGUUUUAUCCUUGGGAAACAGUGAUUCACAGACUUCAUCUUCAGGGUACACGAACUAUUAUUGAUAAUCUGGAUACAGGACGUAGCGUAACACCAUUAUUAACAGGAUAUAGUGGUGCAAGCGAUUGUUACAGUACAAUUAUAUCUACUGAAGGUCCUCUUGGUUUAUAUAAAGGAUUUGGUGCUCUUAUUUUGGAAUUUUCCAUAAACCUUGUCAUAGUGCGGGUUGUUAAAUGGGUACUGACAGAAUUAAGAACAAUACUAAGACCAAAACCAAAAUCAACACGUGAUCCACCACAAUGGUAUUAUAAUGAUAUAUAAAAGAGCAUUGAUAUUAGUUUAGUAAUAAUACCCUUUGUGUGUAUUGAUCAAUCUAGAUAUAUAAUACAUAUUGUAUUUAUAUAUAUAUAUAAAAUUGUUAUACUAUAUUAUUUUUUUCAUUUAUUAUUAUUAAAUCAAAUCAAUAAUGUAACAUUUUCAGUAAUUUUAAACACUUUAAUCUCUUUUGGUUUAUUGCAAAACAAAAAAACGAAUCAAAUUUCUCCAAAUUAUUGUAUAUAUAAUUUAUGAAACUUAAAUAUACAUAUUUAAAAGAGAAAUAAAAGAAUAUCAUUGUUA